AUGAUUAAGAACAUAAUUGUUAGAAACGCGUCGGUGGACGUUGGUUUUGACCUCAUUGAACAUCCCAGUAAUAACUUUGACGAAAACCUAUUAUCCCUGAAUUAUAAAGCCGAAGAUGAUGAUGAUGACGAUGACGAUCUCGUGCCGCACUCUUCAGGAGACCUCCUCACCCUUAAUGAAGAUCCAGAAUGGUCCCAAAGAAAUGAAUGUGGGAAACAAUUUAUAAAAAGCUCAGGUCUUACACACAGAAGAAUUAAGAGACGACCAAAGCCGUAUACAUGCUUUCAGUGUGGGAAAUGUUUUGCCGGAAAAAAAACUUUUCUUAAGCAUCAACAAAAUCAUGGACGAAAGACGCCGUAUCCAUGUCCAGUAUGUGGGAAAUAUAUUUCAUUAAAAUCAAAUCUAGUAAAACAUUUGAGAAUUCACACAGGAGAAAAGCCGUAUUCGUGUUCAGUAUGUGGGAAAUGUUUUGCAAAUAAAUCAAAUCAUAUUACACAUGAGAGAAGUCACACAGAAGAUAAGCCUUUUCCAUGUUCAGAAUGUGGGAAACGUUUCAUAUCAAAACAACAUCUUGAAAAACAUGAGAGAACUCACACUGGGGAAAAGCCAUUUGCAUGUACAGAAUGUGGCAAAUGUUUUACAACAAAAACAAGUCUUGUGAAUCACGAGAGAGGUCACACAGAAGACAGACCGUAUCCAUGUUCAGAAUGUGGAAAAAGUUUUACAACAAACUCUCAUCUUGUAAAACACAGAAUUCACUCAGGAGAGAAGCCGUAUUCAUGUUCACAAUGUGGAAAAGAUUUCUAUACUAAAGGCAAACUCAAUGUCCAUGAGAGAAAUCACACAGGGGAGAAACCAUAUACAUAUAAAUCAAACUUUAGCAGACAUGAGAAAAGUCACAUGGCAGAAAAGCAAUUUAUAUGUUCAGAAUGUGGGAAAUGUUUUAUGACUGAAGCAAAACUCGAUGAUCAUCAUAGAAGGCAUACAGGAGAGAAACCAUAUAUAUGUACAGAAUGUGGGAAAUGUUUUCUAGAAAAAUCAAGUCUUGCUAGACAUGAGAGAAGUCACACAGGAGAAAAGCCGUUUCCAUGUUUACAAU